GAAAGUUCAAAGCGUUUACUUAAGUUAAGGCAGCUCGUUAUGAUUACGUAUCGGGGAUACCAGAGACUUACUGUGGUACUCGCACGUAUGAGGGUGAUGCAUUGAUGACUGACCCGCAGUCAUGGGUUCAAUAACUGUAGCUAGUUUUCUCGAUCAGCCUGUACUUAGACUGACAUCAUGCCAUCCCAUCGCAUCUUUCCUCUACAAACACCAGAUUAUCUACUUUCCUUCCAAUUUUCAUCAUGGUAUCCGACAUUUUCCUCCAUUAGCAUCAAAAGCACCAUCAUCCGUCCCUUGAGUCAAGCAUUCAAGGAAUACCUCGACUCGGACGGCAUUUUCGUACCAGAAGGCUCGGAAAACGUUCCCGCAGAAAGCUCUCCUUCGGACCAAGAGGAUGAAGACGAUGCUGCAGUUGGGCAAUCCUUCUCCUUCCCCGAUCUAGAUGAGCGGAUAAGACAAAUCAUCAAAGAAUACGGCGCCAUUUUCCCCAAGCUCAAUUUUUCUUCACCAAAGGACGCAUCAUGGGUGCUGCCACCAUACUCGCCUCUCAAAUGCACAUCUCCGUCAGACGUCUACAUCCUACUGAAAUCCUCGGACUUCAUAUCGCACGAUCUAAGUAUCGACGCGGUCUUCGAGGGAUGCCAAUGCGAUCCCUCGAACCCGCCAUCGUACCAACUCGAGCUUGUCUUGAGGAAGUGGUAUCCUAUAGACCGGAGUCGCGAGUUCAGGUGUUUCGUUCGCGAAGGCCGUCUCAUAGGGAUAUCACAACGCGAUACGAAUUUCUAUGACUUCAUGAACCAGCCGCAAACACAAAACAAGAUCUUAGAAACGCUUCAGCGUUUUUGGGAGGACAAGAUCAAGUCCGAAUGGCAUGGACAACAAGACUAUGUUUUCGACGUGUUGAUGACGCGUGAUCUGUCUCGGGGACAUGUCCUAGACUUCAACCCAUACGCACCCCGGACGGAUCCCCUGCUAUUCACGUACGAAGAGCUCUUGUCGGUCUUCACGCAGGGGUCGAGCGCACCCGAGGUCCGUAUCAUCGACUCGCCUUUACAUCCGCUCGCAUCGCGUAACGCACCGGCUUACCAACACAACAUGUUGCCAAUGGAAGCCCUCGCGCUGAGUAGCGGUCGGGACAUCAACGACUUCUCUGAUUUGUGGAAGAAUGAGAUUCAGCAGUCCAUGAAUGACGACGACUAAUAGACAUGGUCUUCCUUUGAAAGAUCUAUUCACGUACGGAGAUCUUUUAUCAGACCUGAGCUUCGUAUCAUCCAGUCACCUCUACAUUCAGCCACAGCACG